AUGGCAGAGAAGUGUGACUGUAUCGCCAGCAUGUACGGGUACGACCUGGGCUGUCGCUUCAUUAAUUUUCGCCCCUUGGGUUUCGGGGCCAACGGGCUGGUGCUGUCAGCCCUCGACAGCAAGAGCUGCCGCAAAGUGGCGGUGAAGAAGAUCACCAUCGGCGAUGCGCGGAGCAUGAAGCACGCUUUCCGGGAGAUCAAAAUCAUCCGCCGCCUGGACCACGAUAACAUCGUGAAGGUGUACGAGGUGUUGGGGCCGAAGGGGACCAACCUGCGCGGGGAUUUUUUCAAGUUUAACGUGGUGUACAUCGUCCAGGAGUACAUGGAGACGGACCUGGCGCGGCUGCUGGAGCAGGGGAAGCUCACCGAGGAGCACGCCAAGCUUUUCAUGUACCAGCUGCUGCGGGGGCUGAAGUACAUCCACUCGGCCAAUGUCCUCCACCGCGACCUCAAGCCGGCCAAUAUUUUCAUCAGCACGGAGGAUCUGGUGCUGAAGAUCGGCGACUUCGGGCUGGCCAGAAUCGUGGAUCAGCAUUACUCGCACAAG